CUGCGGAACCAUCGAGCAACAGCUCCUUAGAUCCAGGGAGCGGAGAAAGUGUGACACACUUACCUAACACCAACAAUGUGAAAUGAAGGUUCUUUGACCAUGGUGUGAGAGGAUAAACCAAAAUGGCCAACCGCUGUGUUCCACUAGUUUUGUUAGCCUGCGGCUCCUUUAAUCCCAUCACUAACCAGCACAUGAGGCUGUUUGAGCUGGCCAGAGACCACUUGCACAGCACAGGCCAGUACCAGGUGGUGGGUGGCAUCGUGUCUCCAGUGAGCGACGGCUAUGGAAAGCAAGGCCUGGUACUGGCUAAGCACCGCAUUGCUAUGGCAAAGCUGGCACUGAAGAGCUCCAACUGGGUCACGGUUGAUGAAUGGGAGAGCCAGCAGCCAGACUGGACGGAGACAGUGGUCACUAUGAGGUAUCAUUAUCAGCGUAUUCUAAAGGAGUAUGAGCAAAGGAGCACAGGAAUGCACACCAACUCCAGCAGUAACGCCACUCCCCUCUCAAGCCCCCCUCCCCAGCUGAAGCUCCUGUGUGGAGCGGAUUUCCUUGACACAUUCAAGAUCCCUGGCUUGUGGCAGGACGAGCACGUGGAGGAGGUGGCAGGGCGCUUCGGCCUCGUCUGCGUCAGUCGAGGCAGACUGCAACCCGAGAGGGCAGUGCACGAUUCGGACACGCUCUCCCGCCACCAACAGAACAUUUUCCUGGUGAGGGAAUGGGUGAGGAAUGACACGAGCGCCACAGAGGUGCGGCGGGCUCUGAGACGGGGUCUGAGCGUGAAAUACCUGAUCCCAGACUCUGUGAUAGAAUACAUUCACCAGCACAACCUUUACACAGAGGACAGCGAGAGGAGAAAUAAGGGCACGGUGCUGAGGCCACUCACCAAGCAAGCACAACAGCCAGUGAACAGUCUGGAUGACGUUCUGCAUUCCAACGCCAGUAGCCGUCCUCAGCGGACCUCCUCAUUGACUGAAACUAAAGAAACCAGCAGAGACACAGCCAACAUGCCUGUUGAUCUGAACGGAUAUUGGAAAAUGAUUUCCAAUGAUAACUUCGAGGAGUACCUGAAGGCUCUCGAUGUAAAUGUUGCCAUCAGGAAAAUUGCAACCUUGUUGAAGCCUGACAAGGACAUCGUCCACGACGGGGACCACAUAAUCAUCAAAACCCUCAGCACCUUCAAAAACUACAACAUGGACUUCUAUGUAGGCAAAGAGUUCGAGGAGGAUCUCUCCGGAGUGGACGACCGGAAAUGCAUGACCACUAUCACUUGGGAAGGCGACAAGCUGGUGUGUGUGCAGAAGGGAGAGAUUGAAGGAAGAGGCUGGACCCACUGGGUGGAAGGAGAUGAGCUUCAUUUGAAUAAAAGCAGGGGGAGAACCUGCACCUUCCCCCUCCACUCACUGUCUAAAGUCUACACACAACAGUGUCAAGCAGCUGCCACCAUGCCUGCAGACUUCAGUGGCAAAUGGAUACUGGAAACCAAUGACAAAUUUGAGGAAUAUUUGAAAGUAUUAAAUAUUGACUUUGCUACAAGGAAAAUCGCCAUCUCCCUGUCUCAGACCAAAGUGGUUGUCCAGGAUGGAGACAAGUUUGACUUCAAAACACUGAGCACCUUCAGGAAUUAUGAGCUGGGCUUCACUGUAGGAGUGGAGUUCGAUGAGUACACCAAGGGACUAGACAACCGAAACAUCAAGAGUCUGGUGACCUGGGAGGGGGACAAGCUGGUGUGCACCCAGAAAGGAGAGAAGGCCAACCGUGGCUGGAAACACUGGAUCGAAGGAGACAAACUCUACCUGGAGCUGACAUGUGAAGAUGUAGUUUGUCUUCAGGUGUUCAAGAGAAAAGAAUAGAAAGCAAAUAUUUGUUUUAGUUUUCAUUUACUCGGUUAACAAAGUCUUAUGAACAACACAAAUAAAGGUGCUUUCCAGACAA